UUAAAUGGAUUCCACCGUGUUAAUUCUGAUCGGCAUUGGAGCUCUAAUCGUAGCUUUGUUUCUAACAGUAUUUUAUAUGUUGGUGCUAUCUGGACUAUUUGAGUCGGUUGACGUUAAGGCCACAAAGAAACACCUACUAAACAAGUCCAGAAUAAUUGCGUACAAAACAUACAAAGGCUCAUACGGUCAAGUUGGAGAUGCAUUUUCGUGGCUAUGCAGAACUGCGCCAUAUAAUGACACGAUAGGAAUUUAUUACGACGACCCGAAAACAGUCCCUGUUGAUGAAUGCCGCUACAUUGUCGGUGCUAUUGUAGAGACUUGCGUUGAGAACAGAAUGAGUUUAGAAGAAGUUAUACAAAGACUAGAAGAGGAAGAGUACCAGUUCUUCCAGAUGCCCGGAUCAACUGACCCAGUGGAGAAAGAAGGGGAACUGGAAAAAGAAGGGGAAUCGGGAAAGGGAGAUGCUACUAGCGACGAGGGGGUUGGAACUCCGAUGGUCCAUUGUACUUUUCCAUUCGUGAACACUCUCUCAAUUAUGAUUGCAGUCAGACGAGUUUACCCCGCUUUGCAGAAAUAUAUUUCGGACAACAAGUUGAAAACUGGUGCUUAUCCGUUCAUUGAAUACUGCCACGACAGCACUCUUCACUUCUUGGUGCCCUGUCUGGACAACCAGAGGUUCUUUGUGCCAGAGUUCUGCGAAGAAAACAAACAGUUUGCGGCAGAAAAGUACAGUGAUUUAGUCAAACAUUGAAAGAAUGUACUUGUUUUCAGUUCUUGCUACCGUUCCGACCACUCUCGAAAAAUGGGAAGGUAUUUUUUUUCACAAUGGAAAAAUGGGUAGGGGGUAAAGGUUAGGUGUUUUUUUUUUUUCACCCAUUCACAGACACCUC